CGCGUCUGCCUUCGCGUUGCACAAUGGCGGAGCGUAAGUUGCCUUUCCAUAGUUUGUAGCUGUUCCUGAGUGGGGUAGGCCGGCACGUUGGCCGUAUCCGUCGGUUGGUCUCGGCACACCACGAAAAGGACGGCACAUCGGAAUAUCGUACAAGCCAUCUUAUGCUGCUACCCUGCCAGGAAACAAAGAUAAUCAAGCUUGGAAGAAGUCAACACGUAGACGCCUAAAAACGACCACCGACGCGACCAACCGCACUUCACAAAUCUAGUUCAAGGAGUCAUUGUUCGCCGACGUGGGCGCGCUGUUGCCGCAUCGGGACGCAAGUUGCUGCCCUUACGUCGACGCCGUCGGGGAGAGCAGCUGGAAUUUUUCGCGCGGCGCAGCGCAUAUCGAAACCGCCGAUUUUUCGCAACCGAAACGAUGUAUGUUACGACGUACUGAAACCAAGGCGCAAGGAAGCCAGUGCUGGUGGCCACGGAUACGCAAAGCGUCGGCGGCGUUGGGAUUAGAAGCGGACGUCGGCGGUCGUGUUUCGGAGUCCCCCCCCCCACCCUUCCCUGUGUGCCAACGUUCUGUGUGAAACCGCGCUAAGCCGGUGAAUCGACAUGAGUGUGGCGCGUCUCUCGGUGGAUAUUCAGGUGGCUCAGGAGAAAAGGCCGCAGAGCUUCGACAAGACUCCCGAUGGCGCGUGCCUCGGUAGUGCCGGGGGCCUCAGCCCAAACCUUCAGCCUCCCACACCACCCGUGUUUCCUUGCAACAGGGAGCCCUAUUCCGCCAGCCUCGUCGGCGGGCGGUACAUUCUUCUGGACCAACUCGAGGGUAGUGCCAUGUACAGGAGCAUCAACGUACAAACGCAAGAGGAAUUUUCCUGCAAGGUGAUCCCCAUCGACAGGUGGCAGCAAGCUCUGGCAGCCCAUUUACGCCUCGACGGCCAUGACCAUGUGAACCAGGUUGAAGAGGUGCUCCUAGGGGAGUCAAAGUGCUAUGUCUUCUUCAAGCGGUCGUACGGUGACCUCCAUUCAUAUGUGCGCUCCAAGCGGCGGCUGCGGGAGUCUGAGGCGCUGAGCCUCUUCCGGCAGGUGGCAUCAGCUGUCCACGCCUGCCAUAAUGCCGGAGUGGUCUUGCGUGACCUCAAGCUCCGGAAGUUUGUCUUCGAGGACCCUGAACGAACACGGAUCAAGCUGGAGACAUUGGAAGACGCUGUUGUCCUAGAAGACUUUGAUGACGACCUGCUGAGUGACAAGCAUGGCUGCCCAGCAUAUGUCAGCCCCGAGAUUCUGAGCAGUUCAACAAGUGGACGCUACAGUGGUCGUGCGGCUGAUUGCUGGAGCCUUGGGGUGAUGCUGUACACGCUGCUUGUGGGUCGCUACCCAUUUCACGACGGCGAUCCCAGUAUACUGUUUGCAAAGAUUCGCCGGGGCCACUUCUCCGUGCCGGAGUCAUUGAGUCCUCGAGCACGCUGCCUCGUACGGUCGCUCCUUCGGCGCGACCCUUCUGAGCGCCUCACUGCCGAUGAGCUGCUCUCCCACCCAUGGUUCACAUCGCCAUCCCCGAACGGUGGCCUGCAUCGAGAUGGGUGCCUUAUGCGGCUCGACGUGGACCAAACUGUGCCAACCUGUGGUGCACUCGACUGACGCUCGCACCGCCUAGUCGACUGCUGGCCGGGGAUCUCACUGCCGUGCUGCAUCUGGGGGGACGUCUCAACGAAACUGCUAGAAGCAGCAUCAAUUGCCGCUGACCAUUCCUACCACCAGCACUAUGAUUGAUGCACCUCGCAGCAGCUUCUGCUGCUGUUGUAUUUUCGUUUCCCCCCUCCCCCACGAAACUGCCCAAGCUGCAGCUUUUAAGCUUUACCGGUGGCUCUUCCUAAGCACUUCCAAAGAGAGGCAACCAAGCUGCAUUAAAGGCAGAUGUUCUUUUUUUUUUUUUUUUUUUUUUAGCUGCUAUACUUGUAGCAGCAGCCUCGAGCUUCAAGUCGUUCACUGUACAGGCUAUCUUCCCACUGUCCCAUCUGUUGUUUCACUCGGUGAGGAGAAGCGCGUUUUCAUUUAUAUAGUUAUGUAUCCAUUCCGACACACAAGCCUUCAUGCACCGACUUGGAGCAGGAGGAAAAAGCCAACAGGAAUUCAGGAUCACGGCACCGUGCAAUCGUGUGAGUGUCGGGGCAGACAGAAAGUACCAAGGACUGACUCUCCCAUGCCUACGAUCAAUGCUGUUCAAUGUGCAAAGUGACUGUUGUUUUUCUUUUUUUGUGGUCCCUCAUCUUCCAUGUCUCGUCUGUGACAACUAAAUUUAUUUAAGUAUACUCAGGAGACUGGCAAUCUCCUGUCAAUUAAAUACUUUCGUGUAACAGGCUUGUGCAUCGAAGAAAGGGGCUCGGGUGUCUCAGUGGAUGCAAUGUGUAAGUGGUUCAUUCUGGCCUGAAAGAUGUGUAGUAGUUGGGAUUCCAUUGUGAAUGUAAAUAAACUCGGUACCUCUGUCACAAAGAAA